AUGGCAUUCAUGCGGUCGGCUACUUCCUGCUCUUUCAAGAGCAGAGCAUGGAGCACAGCCGAGCUGGGGGAUGGUCUAGCCCAUCUAUUGACAGACGGGCGGCUCGAGUUGCCCGACGAUGAGGCUCAAUUGAAGGACUCUUCUUUCCUCAGCUUGUUGCGGAGAUCAGCCAAAGCCGACACCGAGAAGUCAGUCUUCGACCAGGACACCCUCCCUGCUACGGAGACCCAGUUGGAAAAGGAACGAUCUUGGAGGUCACCUUCCCCGACCCCUUCUCAAGCAACGGAAUCCACUUUGAGAGCCCCAAGCUCUGCCAAAUCAGUUGUUUGGCUCGGCGUGUUAAUCUUCCUGGUUACUGAUGAUGUGGUGAAGAUGUACCAAGCCGGAAAGUUGGAUGCGCUUACUGCAAUGAAGAUGCUGUCAGACAUCAACUCGCAGCCCACGUCCCCACAGGGUACGCCUUCCCCGAAGCCGAUGCCAGGUGAUUCUUCUAAGGUUCCGCCAGUUCCGCAAGGGUCUUCACUCAAACGUCCCAAAGAAACGGAGACAUGUGAGAGCGACACAGAUGAGGAAAUGGAAGGUGAGGAUUUCAAACACCUCGCCAAGUUGAGGAGACUGUGCGAGAAGAAAGCCAAUGGACGCUUGAACGUCCCCGAGUGGCUCCACAACCAAUGGAAAAACGGAGAUCAUUUAGCCAUGGCUUUGAAAUUCCAAGAAGCCAACUUCGACAAGGAGGCUUUCAUCAAGCAGUGCGAGAAGACGACGACCGAGAUCGAGCGCCAGAAGAACACGAUUGCUGUGGGGUGGUAUUCCAAAACGGAUAUGAAGACCACACUGAAGUGGAAUCCGAAGAAGAUUGAGGGCGCAAUCCAGGUGUGCAUGCAGGAUGAGAAACACUUGGUUAGGAACUGCAAGUACGGAGGGGAGCCAGAGUACUGGGUCGAAGUGCGGGAAACUGGUGAGAAGGGCCAAGAGCGAGAGCAAAAGAAGAGACGCAUAGAGAUCACUAAGGACGAAUCGUCGGAACCUGUUGGCGAAGUGAACUCGACUCAAAUGGCAGCUAUGGAUGCUCGUGCAAAGGCUUCUGAAAGUCUGGGAUGUGUCGCCAGUUCCCAGGCGAUUCGUGGCAAGGAAGUUUUGAGCAAGUACUGUGACAGCAUACUUGCCAAGUCAGCGAAGCUUCGCUCACUUGUCCAUGAUCUGCAGAAGCACUAUGAUGAUGAGACUGCAACCAGGUCCAUCACCGCCCUGAAGACCGACCUGACCACUCUGGAGGGCAAGUUCAACCAGUGCUCAGAGCAUUUGGCCCAUGGAGAAACAGUUGACUUCUGUGAGGAGUGGCCCGGCUAA